AUGAACAACCGUAUCGCACAUGUGCUAGUCGAUAUUGUACACCAAGUGACUUUUCACUCGAUAGUGACGUCCGCAUUGAACUAUGUUGUCGCACAAAUUUAUGUAAUUCAAUUUCUCUAUUCUUUAGUAUCUAAAUCAAUGUUUAAUAUACCAUUAUAUUCAAGAAUGGUCCUGCCUUCUCUUACCGAGAGUUCGACGACCACUACGCUAACUACAACAACUAUCCAAGUGAAUGCGACAAAAGCAGCACCAGAUUAUUUUAUUGGUGAGGAGAGAACAGUAGAAGACGAUGACGAAAUGGUACCUGCCUUGGAUGUCAAUGACUUGAACAGUCACGAAGAAUUCAAUCUGCAGUUGCCUGAAUUAUCAGUGAAUAAAACAAUUACGUGGGAUUAUUUACCGCAGGAUAAAGACUACAACAAUGGCGUAGCAUCAAUCAGUAAUCUCGUACUUUUUCUAAUUCCACUCCUAUUCGUUUUACUUUUCUAA